CGGCUUUCGUCCCUUCAAAUCCUUGCGAGAAGAGAACGGCGACGUGGUCCUGGACGUGGACGAGCCCCAUCAGCCUUUGAUCGCCCCCCUGACCUCUCAAUUCUUCGCUGGCUUUCAGUUGCGAGAGCUGGACGACAGCAACAUGAAUACAUUCUUGAAAGACACGGGGAAAAUACAGAAAACCUUACGGACCCUCCUGUGGUUCGCCUACCUGCUCUGGCCCUACAUCGGCUUCGGAAUUUUCAGCUCCAUCCUCGCCCAGCUCCUGCUCGCGACCGUGAGCCAGGAGCACGUGGAGCAAGGCUCCUUCUUGACCAUGCUGGACGUGAAAGACUACCCGGAUUUAAAAAUCGGCCACGGCUUCAUCGGCUCCAUCCUGGGCUUUUCCAUCGCCUUCCGCACCAACGCGGCCUACGACCGCUACUACGAAGGUCGCAAAAUCCUCAGCAUCAUCCUGGAGAACAGCCGUUCCAUCCUCCGAGACGUGUACUCCUUCCUCCUCAAGGCUCCCGCCUUUCCCUCUCCAACCUCCUCCUGCUCCUCCCUCCCCGUCCCUGACGACGCCGCCGUCCUCGUCAUCAGCAGCGACCUCCGACGUCGCCUCAACAUCCUCUUCGCCUUCAUCCGCCAGUCGGUGCGGGAGUCCUUGUCGGGCUUUUCGCCCAACUCGGACAUGGGUACGGUCUCUUUCUCCAACUCCACCUUCUACCUCGACCCCUCCCUCCCCCACCUCCUCGACCUCCUUUCCAAGGAGGAAGCAGAACGCUACGCGGCUCUCUCCCCUCGCGCCCGCCCCGGUGCUGUCUCGGCGGAGAUUAAUAUCAUUCUUCAGAUUUUAAGUACCCGGAUGCUCUAUGCCGAUGCCUUCCUGUGCAAGGCCCAGG